AGCAAAUACUGCGAGUCGAAUUUGUCUCGGUUGGUUAGCAGAUCGGAGAUUUAUGAGUAGAAUAGUUAUGGCGUCUCUGCUAUUGCUUCUGGCUGGAGUAUCUACGGCGUUGUCGCAUCUGCUAAGGACAUUUUCCACAAGAAUUGUAGGAACGUCACUUUACGGAUUCUGCAUUGGUGGCUAUAUUACAAUGUGCCCUCUUGUACUUGCUGACAUGUUCUCGCCUGAGCUGAUUGCAAAAUCAUUAGGUUUAUAUCUGUUUGCACUUGGCCUUUCUACAGUAGCAUCAACUCCUAUAGGAGGAUUCCUAUUCGACAAGACCGGGAAUUAUGACGUCACAUUUGUAGUUGCCGGAUCAGAGCUGAUUAUUGGGGGACUACUGGUUCUUGUGCUAAGAUUUAUGCAGAGAAGGAAGAGAAGGAAUUAAUUCAACUAUUGUUAUGGUGACCUUUCAGAAUAGAAAAUCUUGACAUAUCUGUUUGUUUUGAAAUAAACUGAUUUGAAUCAACAGUUUUCACUUGGCCUAUGAUAAUAAUAAGAUAGAACGCUCGUUUUGUUUUGAACAUAUUUUCAAGAAGCAACUGAAUCAAUUGUAUACCUUGUAGGGAAUAUGGUUUAUAUCUUUGAAAUCAAUUCGCCACUUCUAAUUGUCCCAUCUGAAGUUUGGAUGAUCGCGAUGUUUACGUAGUUGUCAGAAAAUGCACACAGUUAGUUUAAGACUUGGAAAAUUCAAAACAAUUUUUAUGUCUGAAAUUUAUUUAGAUGUAGGCAUUGUUGCAGUUGCCUUUCAAUGGUUUUCAUAAUUUUUGAACGGUGUCAAGUUACAAAAUCGUCAACUUGUAAAAAACAAUCCACACCAGGAUAAAUGUUUAACGAUAUUACGAGGGCCAUUCUAAAAAUAAUGAAUAUGGCGCAUUUCCGUGGACGUUUUUACAUUAAUACAUAAAUGGCUCCUAGGUCUGCAAAGUUUUGUUGAAAACUGUUGUAUGGUUUCGGAGAUAUUUAGGUUUGUAUCAGUUGUAGCAAGUAAAAUACAUUUAUAUAUGAAACGUGAACAAAAACCUGAAAUUAGAGCGCGUACAUUAAAUUACGUUGUUCUUUAGAAAUUCCUGGAACGCAUAUACCCAGUGAACUGAAUGGAGAACUGCAUACUUCAUUAUGCGAAAUUUGGAGUACCAGAGAAAACAGGGGGUUAUGUAUUUAAAAAAAAUAGGCAGUUCUCAAAGACAGGGCUCGUCCUUACAGGCCAGGUACAUGGUGUCCGAGAUAGCGUCUUUUCUUGGCAUGUCAACGUUGAGCUCAUACGAUUCUCACCAAGCAAUUGGGCUUAAAAAAGUUUGUGCCUCACAUUUUAAUAGAGGAGCAAAAUGUGAACAGAGUCAUUUGUGCUAAAGAAACGAUGAAAGAGUUUCAAAUUUAGAUGAUCGCAUAUGUCACAUCCUCAAAUAGGAGAUGAGACCUGGAUAUACUUUUAUGUGCCACAGCGUCGCGUUGACAACAGAUAGUGGCUGCGAAAAAGUGACCAUAUGCCAAUAAUUGCAAAACAAAACUACUAAAAAGUGUCAAAAAGGUUUUGUAUUCCGUUUAGCUGGGCAGAUUACUGU